GGUUGUGCUUUUUUUUUCUUUUGACACUUUUGAAUCAGUGAAGGGGGAGGGGGAAGCGCAAUGGAGGUGAAACCACCAUCAACAUAAAAGAUUCUGGAAACUAUCCACUUUCUAAAUCGUCAUCCUCUUGUUCUACAGUUUCAGAGUUAUCUCUCAGUCACAUCAUUUACACAUAUCCGCAAUAUAUCACCUAAAAGAAAGAAACCAUCUGGAACAACCCCCAUGGAUAACACCACCAUGGAUAAGUUUCUGAUAAAAACCAGCAGAUUAGAAAAAGAGUUAAUUGAUGAAAAAAAUUGGUCGGUUUGUUUAUGCAACAAACUCUUCUUUCCGUCUGCUUGAAAACCCACUCUUUGUUAAUAGGAUUAAGCCACUGAGACCAAGAUACAGUCCACCAAGUAGAUUAGAUGUUGUAGGGAAACUGCUGGAUAAAGUAUAUGAUGAAGAAAUUAUGCAAUGUGCAACAAGUCUAAAAGGUAAAAUUGUUAACCUAAGUCUUGAUGGGUGGAGUAAUGUCCACAAUGAUCCUAUUGUAUGUGUUGUAUAACAACAGAAGAAGGGAAUGUAUUCCUUGCAGAAACGAUACUUCAGGAAAUACACACACAGCAGCAUACUUAGAAGACAUAGCAGCAAAAGUUAUCAUAAGAUGCGAAAAAAAAUCAAAUGUCAAGUACACAGUUUGGUCAUAGACAAUGUUGCAAAUGUGUCCAAAAUGAGAAUACAUUUAGAACAACAUGAAGAAACUACCAAGCUAAUAGCAUAUGGUUGUAGCACUCAUUUGAUGCACCUCCUAGCCUCUGUGUCCCAGAAAUAAAGAGUAAUGUUGAAAUUGAUAAAUACUUCGGUAGCAAUCAUUUUGCAGCAUCAGCUCUGAAAAUAAUGGGUGGAACCAAACUAAAGCUCCCACAAGAUGUUAGACGGAACUCUGUAGUGGACUGUUUUGAACAAUAUAUAAAAAACUGGCCUAUUUUGAUGACCGUUUGUGAGCGAAAUCGAGAAAAAAUAAAUGGCACUUUCACAGCCAAAAUCCUCAACAUUGGCCUUAAGAGAAAUGUUGAACAUAUGCUGAGCAUCCUGAAACCCAUUUCUGAAGCUUUAUGUCCACUCACAAAGCACCCCUGGCCUGCUCUCAAGUUGCCAUAGGCAAGGGAGAUGGGAAAACAAACUUUGCAGCUGCAUCAAGGAGCUGGUAUCUCAGUCAAAACAAAGCACAUCCCAACUGAUAACGCUGAGGUCAUCUCCACGGGAAACCACAGUGGCCAGAGGGGAGUGAUCUCUACAACUUGUGAAAUUGCUUCGUUGGAGAAUGUGACUGAUGACACACCUUGGGGGAAGGGGGGAAACAGGGUCAGAGCCGGGACGUAAAUUAAGUGAGGUCAGAGUUGGCUUCAUUUGGUCCCUGCGGACAUGAAGCUCCUAAUAAAUAACUGGAUUUCUUUUGAAACCUGGUGUGAGACUCAUGAUUUAAUUAGGGCAGCUGUUGGAACCCUGACACUAAACAGAAUCCAGAAAAAUAGUUGUUUUUAUUGCUGAUGCUGUUGAAAUUAGUGAGUACUUAAAAACAGAACUAUACACUGACAAGCAGAAAUUACAAGAUUUUAAAAAGCGAAUGGAACAAGCACUGUCUCCAGCUCAUUUUCUCGCAAACGUCAAUAUCCGGUACCUUAAGUGCUGAAUAUCCGGGUCAGACCUUAAGUGCUGAAGAAGAGAAGUUAGCCCUGACAUGGGUAUCCAGCAAUUAUCCAUAUCUAGUACCAGCUAUAAUGAACUGCAGAGCUAAGGGGGAACCAUUCAAGAAAGUAUGUUUGGUGAUGAGGUUUUAAAUAAAGUUUCACCAGUGAAUAUGGAAAUCACUUAAGCACUUGGAUUCAGAAAGUGUUGAAGUAAUGAUUUCACUUUUAACCGCAGUGGCCUCUUCUACUGGCAUUGAAAGAAUAUUCUCUUCCUUUGGACUUGUUCACUCUAAAUUGAGAAAUCGUCUGGAGUCUGAUAAAGCAGGAAAGCUUUUUCUUUUCCAAAUCAUGAACAAACAAGAGAAUGAAGAUGAAAAAGAGAGAGCUGCAGAAGACCCUGUUUGAGGUUUUUUUAUGUGGCCCCAGCUGAUAUAUUCAAUUUAAGUUCUUUUGUUUGUUUUUUCAAAGAUAUUUUGUUUAUACAUUUCAGCUACUAAACAUUGAUGUUUAAGCAAAUACAAGAAUAUGUAAUAUAAUGUUAUUGUUUUAAUUAAAUAAAAGAAUUUGAGUAGUUCUCCACCUAUGUGUGAUUAACCUAUUAACCUAAAAUUGGUUCUGAUAUCGCUGUUUUACUAACCUGACAACUUACUAUUCUAUAUAGGAAACCAUUUUGUUUGCAAAUAAUAAUAUUAAAGAUUCUAACUACCAGCAAGGAUGAGUCCUUAAUUUAAAGAGCACCUGUCAUUUCAGAUCCAUCAUGGCAGCGCCUAUUAGCGGUCAUCCACUCAUCUGCUGCCCACCACGUCCCUCACCUUGUGUCACUGCCACAUCACCAGCUGUCCCAUUAAAGUGAAUGGGACUGUAGUGAGUCAACAGCAGAUGUUUGAUCAUAAUAAGCAAGCUGAUGAAGCCAAUGCUAGUUCAGCACAAGGUAUGGAAAGGAAAGUUAAUGAAGGUUCCUUAUUGCAGGACAGCAAUAGUAGUUUAAAUAAACAAGAAUUAGAGCUGUCAAAGACUGAACUACCUGUUAUGCAGAACAGACAAGGUUACUGCAACUGUUGCCAUGCACCCUACAGCAAUCUGGAACAGCAUGUAUAUAGUUCCCAGCACAGACAUUUUGUCAGUUACUGUAGAAAUCGCAUGGGUACAAGUAGCUUGAUGGAGCGUUUCCUGCAAGAUGUUCUGCAACAUCAUCCCUACAGAUACCACGACAACAGACCAACUUACGAUGACAUGCCAUUCAACUCCCAGCUUCUUGCAAAAGAUGGGGCUGCUGUUUCAAUGGAAGUCAAAGAGAAGGAGAGACAGACAAGCAGGGUGGAAAAUCCAAACAUUGAGAGUGGAUUCACUGCUGAAUCAGGCUGCCUUAUUUCCCAGAGCCACGAAAAGCAGAAGAAGGCUUCUGUAGAAUGUCUACCUAUCCAGACUCUGGGAAGGGGACAACAUCCCAAACUAGGAGCGUCACAACAAAAUCUGGAUAUUGCCAGUAAUAUAAAUAAUCUUGGUCCAACAAACUUUUUGACCGAAAAUAGUAGUCAAAAAGUCUCAUUUACAGCUAGGGAUGUUUUACCCGAUCCAUUACCUGCUAUCCAGAUACCAUCCACUCCUCAUAGACUUGCAAAAAAUAUUAGCUAUCCAGUAAAAGCAGAUGACAUAUGUGAAGAAGCUACCCAAGAUAUAUGCAACCAAGAUGGAUUUUUUAAUUCAAAGAAAAAUCUUGUUUUACAGCCAGUCCUGUCAAAAACUGUUUCACACUUUCAUGAGAGUCCUGUCUAUAAUAAAGGCAACUCUUUAAUCUCAGGUCAACUUUUUUUAAAACAAGAUGACUUAGAAUCUCAGGAUGAAACUCAGAUUAAUCUCUGUCUCAGGAAUGCUAGAAAACCUGUGGGCACCAGCAAUUCCCUGAAUUUUCAAGCAGCUCCCCAAUUACCAAGACAAAAAGAACAUUUGUGUAAAAGUGCUGAAAGUUCUAUAAAUGAAAUAAUUGAACAAGUCAUUUUGAAAUACUGUUAUGAACCUCCUCCCAAAGAGUUGCCUUGCAGAGGAGAAGAUACAAAUUCCUGUGUAAAUAUUCUGUCACUUUUGGAUUACAGUAGUCUGCAUGGUUCAGAUAUGAGUUUUGAUUGUGAUGCAGCUGUUGAUUCACAAGCAAAUCUUUCCAAGUUAGCUGCUAAAAAUCUAGAACUUCUCAAAGAAGUUAAAGUAAAUCUACAAGAUGAAAAUUAUGGGACCCAACUCAGCUCCAUUUUUAAAAAUGUUUCAGUGCAGCAAAUAGCAGAAGAAGAGAAUGAUAUUUCAAUUCAAAAUAAAGAACCAGUUCUUCCAGCUCUGCCUCAUGUGCCUCCUUCCUUUGUAGGAAAAACCUGGUCUCAGAUCAUGUACGAAGAUGAUAUGAAAAUUGAAGCACUUGUGCGGGAUUUUAGAGAAGGCCGCUUCCGCUGCCAUUUUGAUACUGAGCCCUUGGCUCAUCGUGCACUGAGAAAGAAACCUCAAAAGACUGAUGAGAGGAUCAAUGCAGUUGCACCUAACAAAACAGAGGCUGGGCCCGCUAAAGGGCUUCCAGAAUUUACUGAUGGGCUAAGUGAUGGACCUGACUUCAGUAACUUAUCUGCAACUUCAGAAAUACAUGUUCCAAAGCCCCUGAAGAAUCCCAAAAAAAGAAUUUGCCGCCUUGCCUCAAGAUGCCAAGUAGUCAAGGUUAGCCAUGGCACACAAACAAGUUUAAUACAGUAUCCGGUAGUAAAGCAAAAAAUAAUUAGGAAGGACUAUCAGCUACAAGAUCAGAUGGCCAACCUUCUUUGGUCAGAGAAUGAGAAAACGCCUACCAUGAAAACUAGGUUAUGUGCUCUUAAGCUUCCUAAAUCUUAUACCAAAAUCAUGAGCCCUUUACAGCCACAAACACUAGUCUAUGUUCUUUCAUGUCCAGAGAUGAAACAAUUUAGGAACAAGGCUGAAGAGAUUCCCAAAGUUAAAAGUCACCAUUCUACAGAUAGCAAAGAUUCUGUAAGGUACAAGUACAAACAAACCUCUAUUAAGUAUUAUGAUCCUCUGACAAAUCGAAUUUUAAAAACACCUCCCAAAUGCAUAGCUGGGGGGAAAACAAAGAAGCCAGCACAUGUUCGACAGCUAUUCAGGAACCUCAACUUUGAUGGAAACAGGAAGAAACAAGCUGAUAUCCAGUAUAUAUCAAAGCCCUUCAAUUCCCCAGACAACCAUGCGACAUCUCUCUUGCUUGACCCUGUUAAGAAGAAUGAUAUGAAUUCAAAUCAUAAGUCAGAGGACCCUUCUAUUUCAUCUGAAAAAUCAGAAUGCUUGAUCUAUAACUGUUCAGAGAAAUGCUGUAAACACUUAUUUAUUUCACAGUUGAAGUCGCAUGAAUCACAGCAGGAAGGUGACUUUCAAUUCAAUCCAUUUAAGAGGAAAAGAGUCAAAUGUCCCUUGAAGUCCCAUACUGCUGAUUGUUUAGAAAGAGACAAUCCAAAGAAAACAUGGCAGAGGAAAAAAAUCAAUAGUAGAGAAUCAGGGUUUCCGAAAAAAACUUCAGAGCUAAUUUUUAUCAAACAUGACCUUGUUAAGAAAGGCAGUAGAAAACAACCACCCAGAAGUACAACUCAGCAAAUAGAAGGAAAGAUUAAAAAAAAAUCUUGUACUCUUAAAUCAUCUAUUCUCAUGCACCACUCAAAGAACACUACCAUAAAGAAGCAUCUUCAGAAAAGAAAAGCUGAUAUUAAAAAGUUGACAGUGUCAAGGAAGUCAAAAAGAACAUUUUUGAACACUGCAGCUGCAAUGGGUGUUCCAGAAAAAAGGCAGAGAGCCUCUGUAAGGACUUCUUCCAAAGUAAAGACAUGGGAAGUAACCAGAGACAAGAAUCUUUUUUGUACUGUGAAAUAAUGUUGCUCAGAUCAUAUAAAUUUGCUUUGGGAUUGUCUUUAAGAGGGCUGGAAAGGGAGAAAAAAAGUGGGAAUGGCUUUUCAAGAUAAUGCAUCAGAAUUAGAAAUGGAACAAUUUCAAGGUCAAACAGUAAGCUAAUAGGUCAAGUAGUAGUUCAUAUUGCUACGUUGUGAGUGUUCUGCACAUUACAUGUUGAGUUAAAACUAUUUUUUAAGCAGUAAAAGCCCAGUUAUGCAGCUUGCUACAUAUUUUUCUCAAGCAGAGCACUGUGUUCCCUAGUAAAACCAGUGUUAGUCAUUGAAAAAAAGUUUUAUCUUUUACAUGAAGCUUGGCUUUGAUAUCUUGUUGGUAAACUAAGCAAUGUCAAAACUCAUCCCAAAGCAGUGUGAAACUAAAUGGGCACUCCUGCUGUUUGUUAAGAUUGUCAAUUUCCCCUUAACUUCUCUGAAGAAUCUUUGAUUGUAUAGAACCAGUUUUUUGGAAAUUGCACAUGGAGUUUUGGGAUGUAUGCAUUGCAUUUGAAGAAGUAACUUUACCUUAUCUGGAAUCUAAAUUUGGAUAUCACACAGUGAUUGUAUUUUAAAUUCAGAUCACAAAUGCAAAAUCAUUCUUCCUAUAUUUGUUACCUUCUCAAAAUUAUCGGAUGUCCUUCUAGAAUGAAGCUGCUGUUGGAAAAAAAAAUUUUCUUUUGAUUUUUUUUUACUUUUUCUGGAAGAACAAUUGAUUUUUAAGAUCAUACAGAAUGGUUAAUCAAGACUGCUGUGUAUAAGCAAUAUUUCUACACAUAAUUUGCCCUUAGAACGCAUUACUACCUAGUUUCAUCUCACAAUAUAGUUGUGAAAACAUUUUAAAAUAAUUUCAAUAUAUAAGCAAGUUUCUGAAAAAUGCUACUUCAUGCUUAAAAUAGAUUUCCAACUUCAAUUUUUAAAAAGGUAAAUACUUCAUUUUUUAAAAUUUUUGGCUUGCAUUAAUUUUUCUAACAGCAUAUAUACUAAGUUAUAUGUUACUCUUAAAUACAGGUAAUUCUUGACUUAGAACAGUUUAGUGACCAUUCAAAGUUACAAUAACACUGAAAAAAGUGACUUAUGACCGUUUUUUCAGUUACCACCUUUGCAGCACCCCCAUGAUCAUGUGAUCAAAAUUCAGCUGCUUGGUUCAUAUUUAUCACUGUUGCUGUAUCCCGAGGUUAUGUGAUCACCUUUUGUGAUCUUUUGACAAGCAACAUCAAUGAGGAAGCUAGGUUUAGUUAACAGCCAGGUUACUAACUUAACAACUGCAGUGAUUCACUAAACAACUGAGGCAAGAAAGGUGGUAAAAUGGGGUAAAACUCACUUAACAAAUCUCUCCCUUAACAACAGAAAUUUUGGACUCAAUUGUGGCCGUAAGUCGAGGACUACCUGUAUAAAAAUUCUCCAUCUGGAUUGAUUGAAUUUCUGUUUUCUGAGAAUUCCAACAGGUAUUUAUAUGAAAAUGACUAUUUUGUUCAAACAAAAUAGUGUGUUUCAAGUGUUUUGGAUGUUAUACUGGAUAUUACUUCCAGUAUACUAUCACCACCAACUAUUGUAACAAAGUAAUUAUGGGUGCCCCAGACAUAUAUUAUGCUAAUACAAAUAUAUUUAAACAAAAAUUCUUUAGCUGAUAAUUUUAUAAUCAAGUUACCUGAUAAAAGAUUUAUUGCAAAAGUUUUUUUCAACAGUUCUUGUGUUUAUAUGCAAAUUUUCACUGAUGCAUUUAUGGUUGAUAGCAAUGUCAUUUUAGCUAACAUGCUGAUUUUUUACAUUCUGUUCUGUAAGUUUUUGUGAAUAUUCUGACAUUGUCUUGUCUUCUCCAAUUCUAAAAUUGUACACAUUUCUAUAUAUAUAUAUCCUGCUUUCUUAAUGAUCCCAUUUUUCCCAACCUCAGGAUGCACAAGGCACAGGCUGUCUAAUGUUAAAACAUUUUUUUUAAUAUUUGUAUGUGUUUGAUUUAUAAAUCGGUUCCUCAAACAGAGUGCCAUUUUAAAAACAGAAUAUUUAAAAAAUGGCUAUAUUUAAAAAAUGUGGAUAAUUAUCUUGAUAUAUUUAUAUAUUUUCUUUAAAAGAGGAAGAAGUCUAACAUCUUAUUUUUUUGUAUUGUAAAGAGCUUGGGAUAUACUUUUGGAGAAAACUGUGCAGAAUUGAAAAGUCUAUAACCAUUACUUUUGACUAUGCCUCACUUCUGGGUUUAAGAUUAUAGUGUAUGCUUGGUAAAGUGAAUGUUGGAGAGAAUAUAUUUUGGUUAAAAUUAUACUGUAUUUUAUCAGUUCAUUGGUUUUAUGGAUAGGUUUUUAACUUAUUAUCUUAUACAAUUACAAUAUGUGGAAUGCUCAACAUUUUAAUAAAUAAAUCAGGAUCCAAAGGUACUGCGUAAACAUUUAGAUGAUUUCCUGUGCCUGUGCCAUGGGCAUACCUGUUGUGUGUUCUAACUAAGGACUAACUCAGUUUCAUAUUUUUAUUGGCUUUCAAGAUUUUGAAAUGUUAGGAGGUUGGCUUCUAUAUCCGUCUUAAUUUUAUUUAUUUAUUUAUUUUUUGCUAUUCAUUCCCCACAUUGUGCCUGCCCCAUCUCCUCAUAUAUUAGACAACUACUUUCCAGCGUCCGGUUUCAGACUGAGCCUCCGAAUUUGUGCCUCAAAAGCUUCUAAACAGACUUAAAUUACAUCUCCUCAUGUUGCAACAAGUAAUUUUGGUAUAGGUAUACCUGGGGGAUUUUACGACUCUUGCGGAUGUAAGAAAGAUACAGUUGUCAUCAUGUGCCCAGAAGCCCCCUUUCCUUUUCUGACAAUAUUAUAUGAAUGAUUCGCUUCAAAGAAGAGGAGAGCAGCCAUAGAAAUGUUUUAAUGAAUAUUUCAGCAAUGCUGCAUGAGUAUGUAUUGAAUUUAGGCAUGGAAGAGAAAUUUGUUUGAUUCAAAUUUUAAAGACUGAUGCCACUAACCUCAGUACAGCAUUUAUUUUAAAAUGCAGUUUGAAAAUUAAAUUGUACACAAUAUAGUGCAUGUAAAAGAAAAGAGCUUUUAAAUUAUGUUUUCCUUAUCAUAAGUAAGUAAGCAUGUAACACUAAAAAAAUCUCAACACUAGACAUGUAAUUAAAAUCAAAUUUCUGUUCUUUUGUUAUAUUUACCCAACUGUGGUAGAAAGGUGAAAGAUAAUUGAUAAUUUGGAAAAUAGAAACUGAACAGACCAAAAUGAUAAAUUCAUCCAUUUCUAUUUAAAUGUCAAAAUUGACAUUUUAAACAGAUAUCUCUAGGAUCCUAGCAUAAAGGUUAUUGUUUAAAAGCUCACUGAAAGACUGCCAUCAGUUCUAACACUCGUCCCCACUGGAAGGACUUGCUAUUGACGCUACAGGGUACCCAAGGGAACCAUUUCCCCAAUUACAUUUUUGCAAAUAAAUUCAGAUUGGGAAAAGCUUUAAGGUUUCACUUCACAUGUCUUCUAGAGGAAAGUGGGAGCAAAACAAAACUUCUAUAUGUUAUUUUCAAAAUAAUACAGGAAAUAAUAGAUUAAACAAAGUUGAAAUGCCAUCUUUUUAAUAAUAGUAACAUUUUCACAAAUUGUUACCAUCAAUAUAGGUCAAACAGUUUUUUCAUAUUUUUCACCCUUUGUGCAAUUUAUUAACAUAGAAGUCUGGUUGUUACUUUAUUAAACCUGUGCAAAUACUGGUUUUACCAGUCUUAACUUCUUGUUCUAUUAUUAAAAAUGAGGGCUCCCUCUUUGCAAUGAUUUUCCAUUCUAACUUUUCCUGAUUUUUAUUGUUUCACUUUAUUUACUAAAUGAAUAAAACAUGUUUAAUUUCACUUGUAUUAAUUAAUGAAAUUGUUGGUACAUAUAAUACUGCAGCUAAUUACAGGCACUCCUUGACUUACAAUGAAAUUGAACCCAAAAUUUAUGUUAAGAAAGACAUUUGUUAAGUGAGUUUUGACCCAUUUUACGACUUUUCUUGCCACAGUUGUUAAGUGAAUCACUGCAGUUGACAAGUCAGUAACCUAGUUGUUAAGCGAAUCUGGCUUCCCCAUUGACUUUGCUUGUCAGAAGAUGGCAAAAGGUGAUUAAAUGAUGACUUUGGAAUACAGUAAUGGUCAUAAGUAUGAACUGGUUGCCAAGCAUCUGAAUUUUGAUCAUAUGAUCAUGGGGAUGCUGCAAAGGUAACUAUGAAAAUUGUUCAUAAGUCACUUUUUUCAUUGUCAUUGUAACUUUGAAAGGUCACUAAAGUAAAGUAGUCCUCAACUUACAGUAGUUCAUUUAGUGACCAUUCAAAGUUACAAUGGCACUGAAAAAAAGUGACUUAUGACCAUUUUACAAACGUUGCAGUAUCCCCAGAGUGGUAAAGUUGGAAUUCCAAAUUUAUCUUUUUAUUAUAAAGCUUUCCACUUACAAAAAAAAAUCAAAUGAUUAUUAGAAGUGAAAAUCAAAAUCUGACUUGAAAUCAAAGUCACUGAAGAAUAUCACCAGGUACUCAAAAUUGCUAAUUCCUACUAGACACUCUUAAAAGAUUUUGAGCCUUUUAUAAUCUUUUUUGGUGUGCUAAUUUUAAAAUCUGAAUGCAAUGGGUAAAAACAGUAGCAACCUUUUGUUACCUUCUGUUUUUAGCUGUCCUAAAUUUUCUGUAUAUUACUACAUGUUACAAACCAAGUUCAAUCAGAAAUUAUACAAACUGAAGACUUUGAUCUAUUAAAUUAGAAGUGAUUAGUUAAAUUCAGAAUGUACUCAGCUAUUUCAGUUACAUUUUAGAUCAGGGUGGAUUUGAUUUAAAUCGAGUUGAUUUAAAUCACAAUUUAAAUCACUAGUAAAAAGGCUUGAUUUAAAUCAACUCGAUUUAAAUCAUAAUUUUUAAAGAGCAACUGUCAUCUCUGCUACUCCUUUGACCCACUGUUGACUCACCAAUAGUCCCAGUGUUGCAGAAUAUACAGCCUCAUGCUACAUAUCUAAGCUCCAUUUCAUGCUGAAUAAACUAAAUUCUUUGUGUAUCUUAAAUAGAAAACUAUCUUACGAUAGAUUUUUAUCCCAAAAGUUUUUUAUUAAAAUAAAUUCGAUAAAAAUCAAAAAAAUCUGAUUUAAAUAAAAAAAAUCCGAUUUAAAUAAAAAAAUCUGAUUUUUUUGAUUUUUUUAAAAAAAUCAUUGAUUUUUAUCCACCCUGGUUUAGAUCCUUUCUUCUUAAUUCAAAAAUAAACACUUAAGCAACAGACCAUAGACAAACUUUGAAGCAGAGUUAUUGACUCAUUCAGAUUAACCUGAAAGAGUUAUCUCUAAAUUAUAUAAUAUUGUCCCAGAAAAAAUACUUCAGCUCUAAUUUGUUUGAAAAUGACUUGGGAGAAAACAUUUCAAGAGUAGAAUAAAAUGUGGAAAUCAGUGUCAUCCUCAGCCCAAAUUAAAGAAAAUUAUCUUAAACUAUUCAGUAGAUGAUAUAUGAUUAUUUUUAAAAUAACAUGCAUGAAAGCUUUUUGGAAUGGUUGUGAAGAAAAUGGAACUUAUUUUCACUUGUUGUGAUCAUAUCUGAAUUUUUCUUCUAGUCUGGGGUAUUUUGGGUUAUUGAUAAAACUAAAAAUCAAAGAAUUAA